AUGCUGCUGCACGCGCUGGAGCUAUGAGCAGCAGCCUCGCGCGCGGCUUUGCAAUGAGCAGCUCGCCUCAAGGGCAAAGCCACGUCACUUUACUACUUUACACUGAGAGAGUUUGGACAAGAUAAAGAUAAAGGAACAUCUUCUUCUGCAAUAAAGGAGGAGAACAGAUAGCGUGGACUUCAGGAGACUCAAGGAGCUGAUUCGCUGAUUCGUUCUUAAUCGGCAUCCAAUCGAGGGACGUCGUCGUUUUUUUCCAGACGAGCAGCAUCCAGGAAUGGUGGAUCGCUUGCUGUUGAAUGACGACACUUUAAUCUCCUACAGUCACACUGUGACAGCCCUGGGAGCCCACCAUCACCGCUCAGAUAUGGUGACGGACGAGGGGGUUUACCAGGUCCUGCCUUCUCCGUUCUCCGAGGAUGAGCUGAGCGACUCGUCCAGUUCCCGCUCCUGCUCCAGUCCUGAGUCGCAGGGGUUUGGCUCCAGGUGCAGCAGCUCCAGCUCCAGUGGCGAGAGCCAAGAUGGCCUCCUGGACUACCUGCUCACUCAAGCUACCCUGAACCAAACAUCUGCCUCCACAGCCAUAACGUCUGCCAUGGUCCCUCCGGUUCUACCCAUGGAACUGGCGUGGGAGUCUCGCAGGGAACGAGCCACCAAAGAGGAAUGCUUCGAGUUCCCCAUUUUUCCUGGAGAUCUGGAGGACCAUGCUGGGCUGCUGUUCCAGCCCACGUUGGAGGAGAUCGAGGAGUUUCUUGAGGAGAACAUGGAGGUGGUUGCCUUGAAGGAAAAGGCGGUGGCAGGCGAUGGGACUUUGAGUAGUGACCAAGCAGCUUUGUCGGAAACGGAGAUGCAAAGCUUAGACCAAACGGUGCCUGUUUGCAGCGUAACAGCAGACCUCGAGCUUGAAAGUGCCCAGUCCUCACCGGAACCCCUUACGAACUCUCACAAUGUGGUGAAAAAAGAGGAGGAAUCUUCUGAGAAAGCAUCGGCCGUGGAGAAUUCAGGGGUGCCGGUCAUCCUGCAGAUCCAGCCCAUUCAGAUCAAGCAAGAGCCAGGGCCAAACACGCCAUCUACGGCGUCCACAGCACCCUCAGCGUCCCCAACUCAGCCGCCCGCCUCGGACAUCAAAAUCGCCCAGCUGCUCGUCAACAUCCAAGGCCAGACGUUCGCUCUGGUUCCUCAGGUCGUUCCACCCGCCAGCCUUAGCAGCGUAUCCACAAAGUUCGUCCGCAUAGCCCCCGUACCCAUUGCGGCCAAACCUGCAGACCUCGGAGAGAGCAAAUCCCCUGGAUCUCAAGGGGCGGAGCUUCUAGUCGGAGGUUCGAAAUUCCAGAAGAGCUCCGUGGCUGAUCUCAUCAAAAUGCACAAGUGCACUUUUCCAGGUUGUGCCAAGAUGUACACCAAGAGCAGCCAUCUGAAGGCCCACCUACGGAGACACACGGGCGAGAAGCCCUUCGCCUGCACCUGGCCAGGAUGUGUAUGGAGGUUCUCGCGGUCGGAUGAGCUGUCGCGCCACAGACGCUCUCACUCUGGAGUGAAGCCAUACCAGUGUCCCGUCUGUGAGAAGAAAUUCGCCCGCAGCGAUCACCUGUCCAAACACAUCAAAGUCCAUCGCUUUCCACGAAACAGCAGGACGGCACGCUCUUCAUACUGACCCUGCAUAACCCCCCCAACACCAGGGGCAUGGCGAGAGCGCCGGGGACAGCGAGAGAGCGCGAGAGAGAGAGAGAGCGCGAAAGAGAGAAAGCACAAGGGUACUAUAGCUACAGAACCUUUGCAAAGAACCUUGAUUUGCUCAAAUUACGAGCAGGACGUGAGAAAUGCCGAGCCGUUGUACUGUGAUGAUAAUUUAUUGUGGAAAGCAAGCGAGCGAAACUGUUACUUGACACAACUACACAUCGUCAGCGAUGUCCUAACUAAGCUUCUUGUAGAUUGUAUUUUUGUAGGGGGUUUGUGAUAGUUUUCUACGGACCUUUUAUGAACAAAUGCCGCAAUUACGGCAACUAUGUUUUAUGCAAAGUAUUUUUUCUACUUCGAGGUAUGAAUUGUUUUUGGUUGAUGUCUCCGCCUAUCUCUCUAAAAGCAUCAACAUUCCUUUAUCUAUCAUCUAUUAUCUACUAUCAUUAUCACAAUGCCUCCUCCUCCUUUCUUUUUGGCCAAGGCAUAGUUAUUAUGCAAAAUUAUGCUAAACCAAAAUAUAACAAAAAGAAAAAGAAAAAAAAAACACGUGGGUUCGUUUGAACUACUGAUCACGUCAAUGACUGUAGAAAAACAUGGGUUUUAGACGGACAGUUCUGGUGGAAACAGCAGAGUUGAGGUGCACAUCGAAUUCUGCCGUGAUUUGAUCAGCCGUGGUUUUAUGUUUUUUUGGAUACAAUCCGGGUUAGCACCCGAAAAACAUCCCUUUCAGACAGCUUCCUCUUACAGCGUCCACAGUUAAUCCUGUUGGAUGUGGUUCCUCCUUCUUGGUGGUAUCUCGCUGACAUUGCCCUGAAUACCGUGGCUCUUGAUGCAUCACUAAGACUUGAAGACUUGCUGUCUUGGUCACAGAUGCUCCAGCAAGACGUGCACCAACAAUUUGUCCUCUUUUGAACUCUGGUAUGUCACCCGUAAUGUUAUUGUGUGCAUUGCAAUAUUUCGAGAAGUAAAACUGUGCUCUUACCCUGCUAAUUGAACCUUCACACUCUUACAGCUCUUACUGGUGCAAUAAUGUGCAAUUAAUGAAGAUUGGCCACCAGGCAGCUCCAAUUUAGCCAUGAAACCUCCCACACUAAAAUGAUGACAGGGGUUUCAGUUUCAUUGUCCAACCCCUGUAGGUCUGUUCCUUUAUGUUCUAUAGGAAUGAAGCCAAAACUUGAAAUUUGAUGUCAUUUUAGCAUUUUAGCACCUUAGUCUCGCAUUUCUCAGACUGCCGUCCUUAAGCUCACAGCACAGUAUACAGGACCUGAGGCAAAGCAAAGAUUUUUUCCACUGGAUACUGGAUACAGUUUGUCCAGAAAGUGUAAAAUUUUGAUUGAUAAAAUUUUCUCGACCUUUAAAAAACGCUUUUAUUGUGGUCAUUUCUGCCUCUGCAGCGCCCUCUCAAGUUCAACUGUGCUAUAGGCCUGGAUGAUGUUACAGUGUACUUUUUAGGUACGCAGAUACAACAUCACAAUAUGCAAAUCAGUCAAUCAAUAAUACCACCCCCAAUAAUACCACUCAGCCAAUCAGCUCUCCCUCCUGCCCCUGCCUCUAAACCCAUACAUCACCCAGUGCCUCUCCCAAGCCUUUUUUUAAAUUUGAGCUGAGAGUGAAGUCAGCUAAAAUCAGGAGUUUUAAUGCUCACUGUUGAAAUUCUUUGGAAACUGGUGAUUAAAAAACACUUUAAAAGGAAACAAAUGAGAUUUAAAUAAAUGGGCGGAGCUACACACAUACAUAUUAAUACUGCAACCAGACAGCAGAGUGUUGUGUCUAUGCUUUUCUACAGUCAUUGGACCGUAUAGUCAGGAAUGUGCCGAUAUAAGCUACUAUAAGAAAGCAUAAUAAACACAUUAUAGAUUUAUUACUAAUUCACCCACAUUCGGUUAAACUGUUAAACUGCGAUAAGCUUCAGAAACGCUGUGAUGAUCAAACGAGUCCGAUGCAGCGGUCGUCGAUGUGAACCAGCCGGCCUUCUGAUCAGUAUUGAAGACGUUUUAUUUUAAACCACAUUUGGAACAACUUUUUUUAUUUAUUUAUUUGAUCAGAAUCAUCUAUUGUCUGUUUUUUUUCCUUUCUUGAUGUUUUUGAUCUUCUGAAAGCGAAGCUAUUGGAGAUAGGGGUGGGCAAUAUGGCAAUAUUUUAUCGUAUCGUGAUAAAUUCUGUUAUCAUUGUACACAAUAUCAUUUUCUCAGUAUAAUGACGAUAUUGUUAGUCAGUGCUGGGUGAUAUGAUCUCACAUCAAUAUCACUGCAUUAAAAUAAUCAAAAUAUCAAGAUUGAGCAUUUUACCUCAAUUAUGAUAAAUAAACAAUUAUUUUACUGAACAA